AUGGGUGCGCCCAACGGUACUGCCAACGGAGACUCUCCACAACUCCCUUACAUUGACCUCGUCUUUGACAACAAGCACGUCGACGAUUCCGCUCGCGCCUUGGUCUACAGGAUCCAGCCCAAAUGGCGGGAAGCUCCCGGGACACUGGAGAUUGUCAGGUUCACCGAGGGCAUCACAAACACGUUACUUAAAGUGUCCAAAUACCUUCCAGGACAGUCCCAUGCUGACGUCGACCGAGAAUCUAUCCUCCUCCGUGCCUAUGGGAACAAUACCGAGAUCCUCAUUGACCGAGAUCGCGAGGCGAGAUCCCAUGCUUUGCUGGCAGAGCGUGGAUUAGCUCCUCCACUGUUGGCGAGAUUCAAGAACGGGCUGCUAUACAGAUACAUCAUCGGCCAGGUGUGCACUCCUGGAGAUCUCAUCACAGAGCCUGUAUGGCGGGCUGUUGCUAAGCGUCUGGGUGAGUGGCACGCGCGGUUGCCAGUGGACUCGGCCUCUCAGGCCAAUGAUGUCGAUAGUACCAAUGGGACUACACCCAACUCUCCACGGCCCUACUCCGAUCCUGAAGGCCGGAAGCCUGUACAGAAUAUCUGGUCAGUAAUGCAGAAAUGGACCGACGCGCUCCCAUGCGACACGUCCAAGCAGAGAGCCCGGAAGGAAUCUCUCCAGAAAGAGCUAAGUCAAUCAAUCACAGACCUUGACAAUGGCCGAGGCCCUGGGUCCCAUGGGCUCAUCUUUGGGCAUUGCGACUUGUUAAGUGCGAAUGUUAUAAUGCUGCCCCGGGAUUCCGCCAGUAGUAACUUGGACGGCGGGAUCAAGGUCUCUUUUAUCGACUAUGAAUAUGCAACACCAUGCCCUGCAGCCUUCGACAUUGCCAAUCAUUUUGCGGAAUGGGGUGGCUAUGAUUGUGACUACAACAUGCUCCCCACCAAGUCCAUCCGCCGGCACUUCCUCCAAGACUAUCUCGAGUCGUACAAAGCCCACAGCGACAACCCUAUCUCCGACGAUAUGCUUGAUGUAUUAGUUGAUGAAGUUGAUCGAUACCGUGGUAUGCCUGGACUAUAUUGGGGCAUCUGGGCGUUGAUCCAAGCAACCAUCUCUCAAAUCGACUUCGAUUAUGCCUCGUAUGCAGAGGUCCGCCUGGGUGAAUACUUCGCCUGGAGAGCAGAGCAGAAUGGGAAGCGCGUCCAGGAAGGCACAGAAAUGCCCCUUCGUGAAAGAAGAUGGGCCGAAAAUUGA